AUGAAGCCUUUAACAAAAUAUUAUACGCAAGUCUUUGGUAUGGGCCUCGGUAUGGGCGGCCUAAUGGAGUUAUUCCUAAUUAAAUCCAACUACUAUCAAAUGUUGGCGGCAUCGGAAGCCAAACAGAGACUGAAAGAGCUUGAACAGGAGCGUGAAGAUGCGGAUCGAUUAAAGCGUAUCAUUGCAGCUAAUGGCACAAACGCCUCCACAGCUAAUUAA